GUGAAAACAUACCGUCAUACAAGUAAGGAGAUUCGUGAUAGAGUAACACAGGGAGUAACGGAGACUUCAUAAAAGUAACACACGGAGUAACGGAGACUUCGUGAUACAGUAACACAAGGGGUAAAUGAGACUUGGUAUAAUAAGAUAGCGAGUAACUGAGACUUCAUAACAGAGUAACGCAAGUAGUAACAGAGGCUUUAUAACAGUAACAUACGGAGUAAAAUAACGGAGAAUCCAUAACUGAGUAACACACGGAGUAACACUGCCUUCAUAACAGAGUGUUGGUGCUUAAAAAUCCUCGACGGUGAGAGCCUGAAGUGGUCCUUGUUUGCGGGCGAUUCAUGGAGACGCUGUUGUAUUUCUUCCCAAAGAGAGGGGAGGACGGCAAGAUGGCGACGGUGCCGAAGGGGAGGUUCAGAAAGUUCACGUCGGCGAGGACCAAACUCUUCCUGCGCAAGACGAUAAAGGUGGCGGUGCUGACGCUGGUGGUCGUGUUGUUGUACAGGUGGAGCCAGAGGAGGAGGUUCGCCCCUGACGCGACCGAUAGCGAGGGGGGAAUGCUGAAAGCCGAGCGCCAGGUGGAGGGCCUCAGGGUGCUGGAGGUGAGACGGAUCGAGGACGAGGACCCGAUGUCAGUGUACGACCAGAUCGUGGAACCUCUUCCUCGGGAGGGAAUGCGAACGGGUGAUGCGGGUAAGGAGGAGCGACUCGAAGGCGAGGCAGCACUGACCUUGGACGAGAAGGCGGGAGGAAAUGGAGAAAUAACCGACACAGAGAACAAAAAAGAAUCCGAUAACUUAUGGGAUACGGAGACUAGUGAUGUGAAGACAGAAAUGAACGAAGAAAAUCACGACGCUGCUGCCAAAGAGUCGAAUCCUCCCGAGGAAAACAUAGCCCCGAACGCCAUCGCCGAGACAGAGAAGGAAGAAACCGAAAAGAAAACCACUUUAAUCGCCGAAGGAAAGGACAACACCACGGAAAACACGGAAUUAAAACCCCAAGAACCGCAGAGAAACGACAGCUCAGCCUCGAAUGCCCUCCGCGCCUCCGAAAACGAGCACUCCGAAACCCGCGAAGCUUCGAAUGACCUCGCGAACGAGUCCUUGGCCGUCGACGCCAUCGAGGGAACGAUUUGGAAGCUAAAGGAUGCCAUCGGAGGAAUCAAGAUGAAGUUGGACGAGAUGAAACCGCCUUCCAAGCUGUAUUACCGGGGCUAUGAGAACCUCCCCCAGUCGCCGGCGAUGAUGGUGCCCGGUUCGCCGUCGACCGGGAGAGAACCAGGAACUCUGAUGAGAGAACCGGCUGUCGGAUUUGGAGACUUAGCGGGACGAUUUACCGGUGUGAAGGAUGACCUGAUUUUCGGACAUCGAGAGACAGGAAACGAGAAGCGAGAUGGAAUUCAAAGCAACCAGGAACCCUUUGAUCUGCAACAGCGACUAGUGAGUCCUUGGGGAUGGGCGUGCGUGGGCGGGAAGUGCGUGAAACAAGAGAAGGGCUUUGGGCGUGGUCUCUCGCCUCUCAACGUCUGCAAACUCACCUGUGGCUCGCAUGGGUCGCUCUGGCCGCGUCCCACAGGUGUUACGAGGAUAGGGGAGAGUACCAUAAGCUUCCUCUUUAAGAAUUUGACUCUGGAAGCCAUCAGAGCACACGACGACGGGGAGAGCCUGGUACGAAAAGUCUUUGACAUCUUUGUAAACAACUUGGCGAAGGAACACGGUCACCAAGAGACAGCGGGUCAAGUUCCUCCAGAGGUAUUUGAACAGAAGGUGAGCGUGAGCAUCGUCGUGAGCGGCUCCGACUCGAGACUCGCUCUCGAGACUCCUGAAGCCUACACCCUCGAUGUCGUUACGCAAGAACAUGUCACCAAGGUCAGCGUCUUUGCGCUGAGUGUCUUCGGUGCUCGCCAUGGCCUUGAGACGCUCUCGCAGCUCAUUGCUUUUGACGAGGACGAGGGGGUCUUUCGCAUUGUAUCGUCCGUGACUUUGUCUGACGCUCCAGCCUUCAAGUACCGCGGGAUCCUCUUGGACACCUCGAGGAACUUCUUCAGCGUCAAGAGCAUCGAGCGGACACUAGAUGCCAUGGCGGCCAACAAGCUCAACACCUUCCACUGGCACAUCACCGACUCCCACUCCUUCCCGCUCUACCUCGAGGCGCUCCCCAAAAUGGCCUCCUACGGCGCCUACAGCCCUCAGCAGGUUUACUACCCAGAUGACGUCCGCCACCUGGUGGAGUAUGGCAGAGUCCGGGGCAUCCGCGUCCUGCCGGAGUUUGACGUCCCCGCCCACGUCGGCAACGGGUGGCAGUGGGCGGAGAAGCAAGGACUAGGCAAGCUCGUUGUCUGCCUGAAUAAGGAACCCUGGCAUUCUUACUGUGCAGAGCCUCCUUGUGGCCAGCUUAACGUUGUCAACAACAACACGUACUCCAUCUUGAGCAAAAUCUAUGAGGAGAUGGUCUCUCUUUUCGGGCCUCUGGACUUUUUUCACUUUGGAGGAGACGAGGUGAACCUCAACUGCUGGAACACGACGGAGGAGAUCGUGAAGCACAUGGAGGAGCAGGGUCGAGGCCGCGACGCCGACGCCUACUACAAGCUGUGGAGCGACUUCCAGGAGAGGGCGUACGGGCUCCUGACGGCGGCCAACAAAGGGCAGAAGAUCCCGGGCAUCCUGUGGACGUCCGAACUGACGCUCAACCGACGCGCGGCGAAAUACCUCGACCCCACCAAGUACAUCAUCCAGAUCUGGACGACCAAGGACGACGCGGUCAUCAGGGAGCUCCUCGAGGACAAAUUCCGCGUCAUCUUCACUAACUACGACCACUGGUACCUGGACUGCGGCUUCGGGGCCUGGGUCGGCGAAGGCAACAACUGGUGCAGCCCCUACAAGGGGUGGCAGAAGGUCUACGACAACAGCCCCUUCGACAUCGCCACUGACCUGACCGGCUCCAGCCACAGCGACCUCGUCCUGGGCGGCGAGGCGGCGCUGUGGGGCGAGCAGGUCGACGACAUGACGCUCGACUCGAGGCUGUGGCCGCGCGGAGCCGCCCUUGCCGAGCGCCUGUGGACGAACCCGAGCCACAAGUCGUCCUCGGCUGCCCCUCGCCUCGUCCACCACCGUCAGCGUAUGGUGUCGAGGGGCGUCGGGGCAGAUCGCGUCCAGCCAGAGUGGUGCCAUCAGAACGAGGGUCACUGUUAUUAAGGGAAAUUAGGGUUUUGGGAAGGGAAGUUUGAGAAGGAAAGGGAGAAGGAGAAGUAGGGAAGGAAAGGGAGAAGGAGAAGUGGGGAAGGAAAGGGAGAAGGAGAAGUA